GAGACGUCACACUAAACAGGGACAGUUUUUAUUUGGACCCAAGAUAAGAAAGCGGAGGACAACACAGACGCAAUCAAAGCUGUUGGCUACGCAUUUAUUACGAACGGAAGCAACAGAGUGAACAAAUCCAGACAAGACCUUCCAGAUGGAUUUCACCCAUCCAGGAAGCUGAAGCCCACACCAGUUCAAAAACUUUUUUUUUUUAAUUUCUCAGUUUUGUAAUUGCUAUUGAAGAUUUCCCUUCUCCCGCACCCAGGAUCACCAUCAAACCACAUACUUGAAGUUCUCUAAAGGAUCUCUCUACACACAAGACUUCGUGAUUAUGGUUGCCUGACUGAAUGGUCACUUUGCAUUUUGCACGAGCUCCACAUUGACAAUGACCUCCAGCAUACCUACUUUGUAAAAAAACCAAAACAAAACACUCAAACACCCAUUCCAUUGACUGCUGUGGCCAUCCUUGACUUUCUGAACCAUGUCCCAUCCCCUUCAUAACCCCUAUAAUUUUGGGAUAGAAAGUUCUGCGCAGUGUCGAAAUGCGCUUAGCUCUUCUGGAGCAUCCUCUGGAACUUCUGACACUACGUUGGGAACAAUUCCUUCACUGCGUGCUUUUCCAGUGAGCUACACCCCCCCACAGAGUAGUUCUAUUUUAGAUGGAGGCAUGAAGAGAUCUACAGAAAUGUAUCUUGGUCAAGCCAGGACAGAGAUGAGACAGCAGCCUGUUAACCAGGCCCCUUGCUUUACCAGCACUCAAGAAGACAAGUUUAUUUCUUCAACUGCAACGGUUGCCUCCAGUCCAAUGUGCUCAGCAUCUCAAAGACACUCUGAUUUUAAAAGUGGGCCUUGCUCCUUGGACUGGUCAACCUAUAAGAAAGUCACUGAAAAUGUUUCUUCUAGAUUUUUUUCAUCUACUUCACUGAGCUUCCAAGGCAGUGGUGAAAGAGAACAGGAUAUGCAGUCCAUUCCAGGCUUAGGUGAUUCUGACUAUCGAAUGCAAGAGAAACCUGUGCUCAAUACUGAUUCCAGUUACCCAAAGUACUCUUCACAAGAAGCUUCUAACAUCCUUUUACGUUUUGGACUUGAAAAAGAUGACUUGGAAUAUCUGAUCUCCUACCCUGAAGACCAGAUAACCCCUGGCAAUCUGCCUUUUAUCUUAAGGCAAAUCCGCAUGAAGAAGGCUGAGAAUGUUAAAGCUAUUGUUCAUUCAAAAGCCUGUCCUGAACCUCAACCCACCCCCAGCAUGACCGUAAUGGACAGGUUCAGAAGGGAAGGGAUGCAACAGGGCGAAUUGGCACAGAUUAUCAAACCAAGUAAAGUGAUUGACUAUGGACAUACUAGCAAAUACGCUGGAGGGUUUGGCAGUGAUAUAGGAAAGAGCAGUGAAAGUAGAGCUAACAGUAGUGAGAGUGGCAGUAUGUUGCUCAUGGACACUUGUGAUGGUGACAAUUGCAAUAGAGAACCACUGCAAGAAGGUACGGCAGAGGUGAAAACCAGCACCUUGGUUUCUUCACAUGACCACCGGGGUACUGUUUCCAUUAAUAGUUCAAUGCAGAGCUAUGAGCCUCCUCCAAGCAGGAAUCUAACUCAACGAUUGCUGACUCAGCCACACCAGGCAUCUCAAGAAAUCAUCAGCUCUUUCUCUCUGCCAAAGAAAGACACAGACUUAAGACUUCUCAAAUUCAAACCAGUUCCUUUGAAAGAACCAGAGCCAGAUUACCAUUUGGCAUUAAAAAUCCAACCACCUCUCAGUCAUAUUGCACGUGGUGUGCAUCCUGAUCAACCUGGGCUUGUGCUCAUCGGCAAGAAGGAUAACAGCUGCACCAAGGAUCAAAGUAAAAGUCAACAACAAGUGCCAAAGGUUGCUAAACCCAUAAACAAUCAGAAGAUGCACCAAAGGCAGAUGCAGCAGGAGCUAAAGAAACAGGCGGAGCAGCAGCAGGACCAGAAACAACCACCAGUGCAAAUGGGACAAUGCCAGUCUGCAAAACCAGCUACUCCUCUAGCACCUCAGAUAAUUCCUAAACCAGUGAACUUCGUUUAUAUGCCGCUGCCACUUUCCAGCACGCAGUGUCGUGCAGACAGGGAGCUAUCAAAGGUUCUGCCAGCGUUGGCCAUGAUGCAAGACUAUGCUGCAGCCACACCACAAACCUUUCCACAUACCUGUUCUCUGUGUUUGCAAAAAUGUACUGGUAUGAAGGAAUGGCUCCUUCACCAGAAUACCAGCUUUCACCUUGACAACUGCAAACUUCUUCGGAAACGAUAUCCACAGUGGGAUGGUAAAGUACUGACGUACCAAAGUGCUUCAAAUACAGGAAAGAAGUCCUCGUCCUCCACCUCUGGCAAAACUUCCCAGCAUCGUCAUCAGAAAACCAGGCGUGAGAGUCAUUCCCGUUCUCGCUCACACAGCCCACAUCGCCACCUUGGUUUGGAUGGCAGAAGGCCUAAACAUGGAAGCUAUUUAUGCUCUCGCUCAAAGAGCCCUCACCACCACUACAGCUCUGGGGAGAGAAGAGAGAAACUCAGUAGUGGAUCACAAACGCCAAGCAGCUCCAGACGUGCUCGCAGGUCCCGGUCUCGUUCCUUCUCCCCACGGAAGGACUAUCUUGCCUCCUUGCAUUAUCAAUCACAUUCAAGGAGCCGUGAAAGACGAUCCUCACCGAAAAGGAGAGAUGGGAAACAGUUACUACAAAAGAGGAGUGAUGAAAGACGAUUGCUGACAAGGAGACAAGAUGAUAAGCGUUUGCCACUGAGCAGAAGUCAUAAGAGCUCAUCAUCAGAAAAGAGGCCUCAACAAAAGAAGUUGGACAGCAGUACAAAAAGACUUGCUAAACAGCUGCUGGAAACCACAGGUCUCCACUCUUUGUCAAAAAAGUCUGACCUGGAGGCCAUAGCUGAAACAAUCGCUCCUGUCAUACUGGCUGAGCUAGCCAAGAUGAAGUCACCAUUAUCAUUAUCAUCCUCUGCUUCUACAUCCUCCUCCUCCUCAAAGAAGGCGAAGACCACCAAGUCAGCUGAAAGUAAACCUGGACUUCAUAAGAGUGAAGCAAGUACCUCUUCAAAGCCUAAGGCUAGUAAAUCUUUUACUUCAACAAUGGUCAAAUUACAUGGGAUUGUCGAAACUUUUUCUCAUGAAGACGUGGUUGCUGCUGUGGAACAUUUUGGAAAAACAGAGUCCAUUGUACUGUACAGGUCCAAGCUAGAGGCAAAAGUGAAUUUCAUGAAAGAAGAGGAUGCUCAAAAACUGAAAAAGUUAAAGAGCAUCGACAUAAAAGGAAUACCAGUCACUGUUGUCAGAGAACAGAAUACUGUUACAAAGAAGCCUCUUCCAACCUUUUCCAAAAAACAACAGAAGCUUCCACCGAAAAAAAUCGUCAAGUCAACUAAAUCUGCUUCAACUGGAAAUUCUUUUAAAAAGCCGUUGUCUUUGUCAUCUGGAGACAAAAAAAAUACAACAGGCAAACUUGUUACUAAAGCAAAAGUCUUGGUUUCCAAAGCAAAAAGUGUCUCAACAAAACCGAUUUCCAAAACCUUAAAGCAAGGCAAAGUAGCUGCAAAAGGAGCUGUAAAUGUUGUUCAAGAGAAGAAAGAUGCUUCAAAUCUUAAAGGUUGUAAUGAUUCCAAAAGUUCAGGAAAGCAGCAGGGUGAUGCCGUCUCAAAACAAAGACCUGCCCUCAAAAGAUCUGAAAGCAAUGCUAAAAGCUCUGUAGUUGCAUCUAAAGAUACAGUCAAGGUGGUCCAAUUGUCAAAAAAGACUGUGAAUCCAAUUAAAGGAACUGCAAUUGUCACUCGUGCAAAGGUCUUAGUUGCCCAAGCACAAACGGCCUCAACUAUCGACAAACCUCAAAGUCAAUUACAACAAUUGGCUGCAACAGGAACUUCAACAACAUUAAAUGUGGAAGAAAUUACUGUAAAGGGCACUAAUGUUCAAUCUAAAACUUCAGAAGAUAAGCCUGGUGUAGAGACUUUAAAGCCACCAGAAAUGGAAAUGAAGUUUCAGCAGCCAACAGUGGUGAGUGAGGAGACAACCAAGGUACUUGAAACAAGAAAUGCAACAGCUUCUGAAACAAAGAACCAGGCUGAUGAAAAAGUUAAUCAGAAGGAAAAAGAGGUCAAACACACUCAACUAUUAGAGUCUGUGAAUACAAAAGUCGUAGAGCCCAUGGAAAUUGAAAGUUUUUCCGGUAGCAAAUGCUUACGAGAACCAGAGUCCUCUGAAAUAGGACAAACACCACUACAGACUUUAGGGAGCUCAGCUCAAGCUGCUUUGGAUACAAAGCAGACACCUGAAAGGAUCGAAAAGGGUCAAGAGGAGCAAAAAGGCAUGUUGGACACAGUUCAUGCCACAAAUGUUCCACCCAAACCUAAAGCUUCAGAAAAUAAGCCUGAUGAGACCUUCAAGACUCCCAAAAGUGAUAUAAAUGUUCAAGAAUCUGCAGUUAUGCCGGAAGACAGAGCAAGAAAUGCGUCUGCUUCUGAAAUGAAGCAGCAGACAGAAUUAGCCAAAGCUGAGACAAAAGAGGCCAGCCAUACUGAACCACUUGAUUCUGGGAAUAAAAAAGUGACACAGCCCACAGAACAUUUUACUGACAGAACAACUGAACUAACCGAAUCCAAUAAGGAUCAGACACCAACCAGCACAACUCAGAUUACACUUGAUGUAUCUCCAACAAAAUAUCCGAUUCAUACACCUCAUAGAACACAGACUACCAUAAAAAAAACAGAAUCCUACAAGAAUUCAGAGGUUCAAGAAUCUGGAAUAGUUCACGAAAAGAAAACCAAGAUUCCUGAGACAAAAAAUGUAUCAGUUUCUGAAACACAGCAGCAGGCAAAAUUGUUGAAAGUUGAGACAAAAGAGCCCAAACACACUGAGGAUUGCUUUGAGGAUACAAAGGUUCAAGAUCCUGGAUCUGCCAAAAAUGAUGUGGACGAGGCAAUGGAAGUCGAACAUUUUGCUGAGAAAAAGGCCUUACUAGCCAAAUCGAGUGAGGGUCAGACACCAGCCAGUACAACCAAGACCACACCAACAAUUGAUCACCCUCAGAGACUGCAGACCAGAGCUGAGACAAAAGAGGCCAAACACAGUGAAUCACUAGAAUCUGGAAAAACAAAAGAGACAGAGUCCAUGGAAGUUGAAAGCUCUACUGAUACGACACAGACCAUUGUCAAAAACACAGAAACUUUGGAGAUUCAAAAAUCUGCAACAGUGCUUGAAAACACAACCAAGGUUCUUGAAACAAGAAAUCUCGCAGCUUCUGAAACAAAGCACCCAGUAGAAUCUACCAGUGUUGAUGUAGAUGCAAAAGAUACCAAACGUGCUGAAUCACUGGAGAUUGGAGCAUGUAAAAAGGCCCUAGCAACCAAAUUCAAGGAGAAUCAACCUUCAAUUGAUACAGCUGACACCAUACUAGAUGCAUCUCUACCCAAACCUUCGACCCCAUUAAAGACACCACUAAAGACACCACAGACAACUAUAAAAAUGCCAUCCUCAUCACAGAUCCGACAGAGUGUGAUGCCAGAUCCAGAGUCCACAACUGCACUAGGACAAAAAAUCCUGCAAAUGUCAGGAAGUUCAACUGAAGCUGCCCUGGAGGCAAAGCAGACGGUUCAGAGUGUGAACACAGUCGCACAGCAAAAAGAUCUUUUGAUUGCUGUGACAAGUCAAAAGGACCUGUCAAAAACUGUCAGCAAUGUUUUAGCAGUGUCGACUGCAGUAGCUGCAUCUUCCAAAACUGAGCCAACAGCUGCAACAGCAGGCAAGCAACAGCAAAGUUUUAGCAACCUGACUUUUGGGGAGAAGAUGGAAAAGCUCAUGGAUAGAAAUCGCCUGAAUUGUUUCAAAAAUAAUAAAACAUUGCCGUCAAAGGUGAUGUUGAUCACAAACCUGCCAGAAUAUGAAAAUAGCUGCUACACAGAGGCGGACGUUGCCAAUCAGCUCACCCUAUUUGAAUUUGGAUAUCUAGAAGAUGACAUCUAUGUUAUUCCUCAAAUGCGUAUGGCUUUUGCCAUUGCACCAAGUCUGAUGAAGGCAAAAAAGCUUUUUCAAGCGUCAAAAGAGAAGAGUAUUAUUCUCAAUGGGUCCACACUUUGUUUGGAUUUUUUAAUCCACUCCUUUCCAAUGAAUCCGCUUGGGUUUUAUAGCACCCUGAUGAAUCUGGUGAAUUAUCAGCAGACAACUGAUGAUGGAUCAACAGUAAUCUACAUCAAGAAUAUCUCACCAAGUGAGACCAAUGAUCUCAGGGAAGCUUUGGAAAAAAUCGGUUCUGUCAAAAACUACCUGCCUCUCCUCAACAAGGUGUUUAUUGAAUUUGAGUCCAUUUACGAUGCUGAUCGACUCGGAGUUUGGUACAGCCUCCUGAAACAGGGCUUUGCCCAUAAUGUCUACAGGAUUAAGAUACCAAGAAAUGAAUCCACAGCAAGACCACCUAGACUGGCAGCGAAAGCUUUGCCGGACAGCAAGGUUGUCACUGAAGGGGCAACAAUCCCAACAGCAAAUUUUGGCGUUCCUCAGGGAAGCAUUUCACCAUUUUGGGUUACAAUGAAAACGUAUCCCUUUUUGUUCCCUACCACAUCUCCUUGGUUUGUCAUCCCAGAUUUUGUGACGGUCCAGCUGACAAAAAAACAGAAAAACCGUCCUCCAGGCUCUGUUUUCCCCCACAUUAUGCUGACCGGUUUGCCAGAAGGGAACUACCGACACGAGGAUGUCGCCAAGCUGGUGUGGCACCAUUUCCCUGUUCAUAAUCUUCAUACUCUGUACUACAAGAUCAUCGUUUUAUCACUGCAGAGGAGGGCCUUCGUGUACUUCAGUGACUGGAAUGCCUGUACCAGUUUUGUUCAACUGCACAGGAAAAAUCCUAUUUCUGUCGGAGGUCAGAUACUCAAUAUCCACUUCGUGUUACAGGACAUGCAUCCUGGAUCCACUGAGGAGGUCAUGUACAGAAAUCUGAUGAAAUGGAGCAAUAUUCAUGUUCCAGAUUCAGAGCCUCUGGAGGAGCGGCUGAUCUGUGUGGAGAUCUCUGAGACAUCUGUGGACCUCAUCAUGAUGGUCAUGCAAGUGGUGGUAUUCAGUGGUUCUUUUGUCAGAUUCUUGCCACUUGCUAACAGGAUUUACAUUGAGAUGGCAGAAUCUAGUCUUGUAACAGAGGUGUUGGAGAAGAUUGCUUCAAAUGAACAUUUAUCUACGAAUGUAAUUUGGAAAAAAGUUCGUCGCAUUGAAACUUUGAAGAGCCUAAAACAGCGUCUGCAAGACUCCAGUGAGAUUAAAGUAAAUCUUGAACUGGACACCACAGAUGUUAAGUUCCCGACUGUGAUAAGUGGAGCACAGUCUUCUCUUUCUGAUAAAGGGGAGCAAACUCUUCAGCAAACAAGUACCUCUGGUUCUGCUCAACCAGCAGUAUCAGUUAGUUCGAACAUUUCUAAGUCUCUCACAGCAGGACAAAGUGCAACAAGUGACCAAGAAAUGGAAGAAGCCAGUGAUAAACCAGGAACUGAGAUUAUAACAUCCACCGUUGCUCUUCAGGCGAGUCAGGAUGUAGAGAAGGCAGAAGGGAGGGUAGGGGAAGAAGGGUCACCAGUAAUUUCAGUCACCUCUGCUGAUGGAAGAACUUUUUCAGCUGCUUCUACCCCUGCUCCUCAAGUCAGAAGUCUGACAAAGUCUAAGGAAAUGAUCAAAGAACUUCCUUAUAUUAAUGCUGACGAGCCCAUAUUGAUUCAGGGAACCAAGACACAGACUGUGGAUAAAAUGAGCCCCAGCAAGAGAGAAACAACCUCUAGAAGUGACUUGGGUAAAGAGAAAAUGGAAGAAAAGCAGACCUGCGGAGUGGAAAUAGAAAACCAAAGCCUGGUUGUGUCGACCACUACAAAACAGAUCUCAACAAGGCCCUUGAACGACUCGACGAGCAGCUCAUCUCCUAGUGUCAGCCAGACCUCUGUCUCUUCUUCUCUACAAUCUAUUGAAACUCCUCCCUUCCCUUGCCAAACAGCACAGCCAGAAAAUCCAGAGUCUCCAGAGAUAGCCUUACAUUCUCCAUCCAUUAGCUGUAAGCCUUCUUCAUCAACAGCAGCAGCAGCAGAUGUGACAGUAGAGACAUAUCAGCUUCAUAGAGACGAAGAAGCAAAACCCAAAGAAAGUGCAGUAGGGAAGUCGGGUAAAGUGUUAGCAGAGGGCAUUACUACAGAAACAAAUAGAACAGAAACAUCAUUAGCUAUACAUUCAGCUGCACACAGUCAGGGGUUAGAGUUGACAAGCCAAAAACCGAAUCUAGAAAUUGAUUUUAACAAUGGCAUACUAAAAGAGUCGAAGGAGAGGACGGAAGAAGAAUGCAGAAAUUAUUAUUCUGGCAAGUAUCCUGAGGAGGAGGACUUUGAAGAUUACCAAAUCCUGGACUCGAUUGAGGAUCAAUUGGAUGAACAGAUGAAUGAAGACGGAAGCCAAGAUGGCACUGAAACCAAUUUAUCUGGAUGUGUACAAGAGCAAGGAGACUCUUACCAGGUGAUGGAUAGUGUUACCGAGGACCAAGCAUCUGUAGUUAAAGAGGACUCUCAAGAAGAUGCCACUGAUAAGGAUGUGUUAGAUUCAAGAACGAACCAAAGUCCAAGGAUCAAGGGAGCUCGAACAACCAUACAAACACAAGGAGAAAUGCAGAGGUCUUUUAAAGCCCUCGAAAAUUUGGGCCAAAUCCUAAAUGUUGAAGAACAAGUCAACAAAGACAUGUCAUGCGAUGCAGAUUGUGCUAAACAAGAAACCUUUGAGAUAUUGGAUUCAAUUGAUGAUGACACUGAUGACCAUGUUUCUUCAGAAACACAUAUUUUUGAUGAGCUAAAUUUCAGUUUAGAGGACUUUGUCACUGUUGAUGAAAUUGGUGACAACACGGGAGAAGCAGCCUUCAGCCACCAAAGCCGCUCUUCUCAUAAGCAGAACUCUGAAAGGAAAAGAGAAAGGCAGAGCUCUCACAUUGCCUCCUCUUCUUCCUCACCCGUGCCAACUCACAUCACAGUGAAAGGAAAUUUGUCUUCUAAUGUCUUUAAGACCUCUACCUCCUCAUCUUCUCAGUCUUUUGAAACUUGUAGGAAAACACACCCAAGCAACUUAAAGUCCCCAGCCAGAGCACUGCAUACUUCAUCCUCAGAUUGCAGGGCGCAUUCAUUAAAGAUGGCAUCAGCAGCAGAAGCUGAGACAUCGGUUGACACAUAUAAGCUGCACAAAGAAACAAGUUCUGUUGAGUCAGAGUCAAGGCAGUCACCUGGACCUGAGAAAGGCCAUAGACUGCAUAAGUUGGACAGUCAAGUCAUGGAGAGCGAUACAGAUGCAGUCAAAACCUGUUCAAAGGAAUGGAGUGAAAUUGGAUUGGAUGCUUCUGUCCAACUAUUACAUGGGGUUUCUAAACACCAAGUAGCUACCAAUCAAGAGGAUGAUCGUCUGGUUGAAAAUGAAGACUCAGCAGAGAAAAGAGAGGUUGAGGAAAACAAGAUUCAGAUAAUGGAAAAUUCUGAUAAAUCUACAGUUCUAGAUGCAGCUGAUAAAAUUGAAAUGUCAAUUACAAGUAGCAACCAAAACCCGAGAGGCCAAACAGAAGAUAGAAGAAGAAAAGAAAAGGAAGAAAUGUUUUCAGAAGAAUCCUGCAAAGCGUCCAAAGAUGCUGACAACAGAGACAUGAAAGACAAUUCAUCAGAUAGUACUGAUCAUGAAACCUUUGAGAUAUUAGAUUCAACUGAUGAUCAUACUGAUGACCAUGCUUCAUCAAACACCAAUCUUUUUGAUGAGCCAAAUUUCAACUUGGAGGACUUUGUCACUGUUGAUGAAAUUGUUGAUGAAAUUGUUGAUGAUGUGGAAGAUAUGGCCUUAGACCACCCAAGCACGGCUUCAUCUAAACAGAACUCUAGAAUGAAAAGUGAAAGGCAAGGUUCAAAUGUUUCAUCUCCUGUAAAGCAGACUUCUACAAGAUCCCUGAAAGACUCCAAGAGCUCAGCAACUUAUUCUUCUUUCUCACAUUCCUUAUCCAAGUCAAUGAAAGCCACUGCGAGGAGCAGUUUAUGUAUGGCUAUGGAAACUCCUGCCUCCUCUGUGGAAAAAGCAGCAUCAAGUAACCCAAAAUCUCCAGCCAGAGCAUUGCAAGUUUUGUAUUCAGGUUUUAGGACCUGUGCAUCAAAAGCAGCUCUAAGUGGAGUUGAGACUUGUCAGCCAAAUGAAGAACAAGCAAAACCAACAGAGAGUUUAGUGGUAACAUCUGACCACAAACUUUCAGCCAAUGGCAUUGCUUUGAAAAUUGUUGAGUCAAAGUCAAGCCAGUCAUCUGCUCUUGAGCAAGGCCAGAAAUUCUUUGGAGGUGGCUAUAAGGUCUUGGACAGUAUUGAAGAUGAAAGUCCUGAGGAGUUUGGUGAAAUGGAAAUAGAUGUGCCUUUCAAAGCACUAGACGGUGUAACUGAAGAUCGAACAGCAACAGUCCAAGAGGCCACUCAAACAGUUAAAGAUGAAGGUUCCACAUUGAUGCAGCUGUCCGAGGAGCAUGUGAUUCAAGUAGAUAAUUCUGAUAAAUCUGUUGCUGAAGAUUUGGCUGAGAGAAACGAAGUGCUGGACAAAAGUAAGAAUCAAGCUUCAAGGAGCAGGGGCGAUGGAAGGUGGGGGAAAGAAAAAGAACAACAGAUGCUUUCAGGAGAAACCUGCAAAGACUCUGGCCAAAUGACAAAUGUUAAACAUCAAAGCAUCAAAGAAGCUUCACCAGAUAGUACUGAAGAAGAAGGCUUUGAGGCACUGGACUCGGCUAAUGAUCGCAUCGAUGACCAAGUCUUUUCAGAUACCACCCUUUUUGAUGAGCAAAAUUUUAACUUGGAGAAUUUUGUCACUGUUGAUGAGAUUUUCGAUGACUCGGGGGAGGACCAAAGCACAGAUGUGUUAUCCUCUGCCGAACAAACCUCAUUAAAAUCCUUGAAAGGCUUCAAGAUUUCUUUGUCACCUUCCUCAUCUAAGACAAGGAAAUCCACUUUGAAAAGCAGGUUGUCUUCUAAUGUCAAAACGAUCUCAAACCACAAAGUUUCAAUAAAAGGCAUUGCUGGGGAAACUAUUGAGUCGGAGAUAAGUCAGACACCUGGACCUGAGCAAGGCCAAGAAUUACAUGAAGGAGGCUUUCAGGUCUUGGACAGUGUUAAUGGUGAUGACGCAUGUUUAAAAGAGUGCAGUGAAAUUGAAUUGGAUGCUUCUCGCAAAGUGCUAGACAAUGAUAUCAGACACCAAAUAACUACAGUUCAAGAGUCCAAUCCUUUGGCCAAAAAUGAAAGUUUUACAGUAAAGCAGCUGUCUGAAGAUUUGAUUCUGGUAGUGGACAUUUGUGACAAAAAUGAAGCAGAGAGCAGGGGAGAUGGAAUCAAGGGGAAAGAUGAAAUAACGCUUUUGAAGGAAUCAUCCAAAGCCUCCAAAGAUGCUGGCUUAAUUGCAGAAGGUAAAAAACAGCCUCUUGAAGAGGGAGACAACACUGUAAAAGAGGGUACUGAACAACAAACCUUUGAGAUACUGGAUUCAACUGAUAGUUAUAAUGAUUAUUCUAUUUCUUCAGACGCUCAGCUUUUUGAUGAGCAGAAUUUUGAGAGUUUUGUCACUGUUGAUGAAAUUGUUGAGGAUGUGGAUGACAACCAAGGCACCUUCUCAUCUGAGCAGAUCUCCAGAAAGAAAAGAAAAAGACAAAACUCAGAUGUUUCAUCUUCUGCCAAGAAGAUCUCAACAAGAUCCUUGAAACAGUCUAAGAACUCAGCUGCUUUAUCUUCUGAAUCCAAGCCCACUGAAGCUUCAGAGAAAAGCACCCUGUCUUUAGGCUUGACCACUGACUCACCAAAAAAACAAAAAGGCUCAUCUGAACCAACCAAAUUCAAUACCACAUCUAUGCAAUCUGCUCAGGCCACUAAGACCCCUUUAUUCUCUUCUUCGCUGCCUGUCGAAAUUCAUGCAUCGCCUUUUCGCAGAGCACAGCCACACAAGACAGAAUCCUCAGCCAGAAGACCACACACUGUAUCCUCAGGCCACAAGACCCAUUUGUCAGAGAUGGCAUCAACAUCAGAUAUUGAGGCAUCUGUAAAGAUUCAAUAUUCUAAUGAAUCAAAGAAAAAAAACACAGAGUGUGCAACAGCAAAGUCUGACCACAGCGUGUCAGGAGAGGGCAUUGCGGCAGGGGAUUAUGUCGGAAAAUGUAUUGAGGAGGAGGAGGAAGAUGGUGAAACUUACCAAGUCAUUGAUUCAGUUGAUGAUCAAACAGAAGAACAGCUGGAUGACGAUGGAAAUCAAGAUGGCUGUGCUAAAACCAAGUAUUCAGGACCUAAACAAAGCCACACAUUGCAUGGGGAAGGUUAUCAGAUUUUAGACGAUAUAAAAUCCACAAUCCGAAAUGAAAUAAAACAGUACAUUGAAUGUCAAGACAUCCAAAAAACUUCAACAGAUGCUACUGAAGCAUUUGAGAUACUGGAUUCAGUUGAUGAUCUGACUGAAAUAGAAGAUGAUAACCAAAAAUUUGAAACCCUCGGCACCCAAGUAUCUAAAGAAGCCACAGAAGAAGAGGAAGAAGCUUACCAGGUAAUUGAUUCUGUGGAAGAUGAGCCAGCAACCACAGAGACCAAAUUGGAGGCAGACAACAAGGAAAAAAGAACAGAUAAAUCCAAUGAACCUAAAAGAGAUGAUAGACCAACAAGGAGGACUGGAUCAAGGUCCAGAACAUCUAAAAGUGAAGAGGAGGGGAAAUUACCAAUAAAAGAGGACAAGAUGGAGAAAAAAUAUGAGACAAAGAAAAGCAAUACAGAAAAAGACAGAAAUAUUCUCAAGGACACUGAAAAGAUCAUUCAUGGGAAAGUAAACUUUGAUAAAGAUGAACCAAUUCAAGAUGCUUUUACUGCAGAAAGGUCUGAUAGUAGAAGGUCUGCUAGAGGAUACAAAAAGGACAAACUGACAUACACAGAACAAUCUAAAAAGCCAGAAGCGGUAGAGACUGACAACAGCAAUUCAGCCAUUACAGAACAAUCUACCAGUGGGAGAAAGGAAAGAACGGCUAAAGAAGUCCCAACAAAAGACAAGACUACAGCAAGAAGGAGAACCACAUGGGCUGUACAUUCCCAGAAACAGGAUCCUGAGAAAAAUACAGAAAAUGAGGAGACAACGCCACCGACCGAGAAGACACCAACAACAAAGAGUGAUGCCUUGAUAAAAGACUUAAGGGAAGACUCUACCUAUGAAAUACACCCUGUGGAAGAUGAUGAUAGGAAUAAUCGACCUGAAACUUCAGAAAACACAACGUUGGAAAGACCAAGGAAAUAUAUUGAGAAAACUUUUUUGGAUGACACAUCUGAGCUAGUGACUCUGGAUGAGGUGGGGGCAGAUGAGGGUGGAGACAAAGGUUUUUUGGAGGGAGAAGAGUGGAAUAGGGAGAUUACGGAGGAUGAGCUGCAGGAGUUUGUCACAUUGGAUGAGAUUGGUGAAGAAGAGGAGGAGGGACAUGAGGUCUGCCAACUCAACCCAGAUAGCCAGUCAGUGAAGUCCUUAAACCAAGAGACUUUGUCAAAUGUGAAUGAAGCAGUGCAUGAUGAGAAUGAGAAGGGUGUCAAAAAGGAGGCUCAGAAAAUCUCAAGAUCUAAUAAACGCGAACGUGAUGACAAUGCAGAGGAGAAUGUGAACUUGAAAAGAGAUGAAGACAAGGACAAGAAAGCCAUUAGAACCAGGACAAGUGGCCAAGCCAGGAAGAGGACUAGACAGAUCCCUGUGAGAAAAUCUGUUAGAGGGAAAAAAGGGGUUGCAACACACGAGAGAGAAGAUGCAGAAACAGAAUCACUGUCUGCCACUUCACUCGAGUCCUCGUCACUGGACAAAAACAUAUCUGUACUGUCAAGUGACGACAAACCAGACAGCCAAAAAACAGAGGAGAAACCAGAGAGCCAGCCCGAUGUUGAUGCUGCCUCUGCUGGGCAACAGCAACAGCCUGAGUGUCUUGAUAAUCAGACACAGGAAGGACCGAGCAGGAGUGACGUUAAAGCUGUCCGUAAACGAAGGAGAGCACUUAUUGAACCCAAAGCAAAGCGAUCUUGUUCUCAGUCUCCUCGCAUCACAGACAACUUGGAUGCUGACGCGUCCCUUGGUGAUGAGCAUGUUGUCCAAAAAAUGGGGCUUUUCUGUAACCUCUGCUCCAUUUUCUACCUGGAUGAGCAAAAUGCUAAGGACCUCCACUGCAGAAGCCAGAAACACCAGGAGAACCUGAAGAAACAUCAACAGAAUCUUCGACGGAGGCCUUCGAGAAUGUCGCUCAGAAAUUCUCAAGGCUCUGUUAAGGAUGAAUAUAACUAGAUUUUUUUAUGUUCUUUCCCUUUUUUAUGAGAGGUGCAAACAAAACCACGUGUCGUUGAGAUUUGGUGGCGAGUGACUCAAGUUCGUGGACACGUUUAAAAUGUAAACUUUCAUGUGAGUAAUUAGCACUCAUGAACAUAUUCUUAUAAGAAAAAAAACUAAGAGCUUUCUUUCCUCUGGUUGCAGAAGGGUUUUAGUUGUAUAGAAGUUGGUAGGAAGUCUGCUUGUUUCAGGUAAUUCUAACAAAAACAUGACGUUUGUUUACUAAAUGUUGGUUAUUUUUAAGAGGGAGAUAGGAUUACCCACAUUUCACUCUUUAGCUAACCGGAUGCACGUUUACAGUUGUGUGCUCCACUUGUUUAAGUCAUGUGAAACAGAAAGGAUGUCAGUUUUCAGCUUCAUGUACUUUGCUGCUGUUAGAGAGAAGCAUGUUGUGUAGAUUUAUGCAAAGCUAAUAUACUUUUUUCCUCUUUCAGUGAGAGAGAGUAUAACUAUAUUUUUUUUUUUUUUAUGAUUGGUUUGCUGUAUGUAAAAGCUGUUAACUAUGUUAUGGUAACCCUGUAAAUCUUUAUGCACAUCAGUGAUGUUUAAAUGCAACAUUUUCUCCCUGCAAGUCACUACAGAAAUAUCUGUACACAUUUCCUGUGUAACCUUGGGGAAAAUAAAACACUUCCUGUUUUUUCAGCUUUA